CACGCUAUGCUCUGACUGACUCGUAGCUCGUCUUGUCGGUACCUUGCCGUGCACACACUUCUGAAUCAUGAUCGCGGCGUUUGGCAUCGGGACCUGCCGAAUCAAGGACGGGGAUCUACAUAGUUGAGCCGAACGACGCUUAUCAUGGGGGAGAUUAAUCAGCGCGCCGGAGUCCUUCUCUGUCAUAUGAACACGGGGUCAGGUGCAAUUCACGAUAUCACGGCUCGUUCGAACUGCCUCCUGGAGGUGGAACGAGUCCUCUUUUUGCCGCCUCUGUGUCAGUGCAUUGCAGCUCUGCUUCUGAGAAGACCUUUCGUCGACAGCGACAAUAUUUCAGCGACUCUCUAAGUAUCUAGCUCGGAACCACAUCCUAAGCCGACUGAUCCCAGCAUGAUGGUUG